GGCAAAUUAAUCUGUGACGAAGGCGUCAGUCGAAGCGACUACUUGACACAGAGUAAACUUGUGAAAGUCUUCUUCCAAGAUCUGAGGUUCGACAGUGCCCGUCUGAGCGCCUCUUUCGAUCCCGGAGACGAGCUCUCGCAGUUUGGCAUUCGCAACGCAUCGUACAACAAGAUUCUGACGACGAUGUCCGGGAUCGAGUCGUGUCCUUUAGACUUUGAAAAGCUGGCUUUGCGCAGCCACAUCGUCCACGGCCACAGCGGUUUGGCUGGUUUCUUCAGAACAGUGGCGGACUUCUACAGGAGUCAGAGUCUGCAACAGUUUAGCAAAAUCAUGCUUAGUAGCAACGCUUUUGGGAACCCGCAAAACUUCCUGAACUACUUUGGGGAUGGCGCGUACGCAUUUCUGAAAGAGCCGUAUGAAGGCUUUCAGAAGUUAGCGCUCGAUGGAAUGUUUGGCGUUGGGAAGGGAGCGACGUCAUUCUUUCGCAACGUGACAACUGGCCUCGCGGACACAGGCGUCAAACUAAUCUCGAACCUGAAUCAAGGACUCAGCACAAUGGCGUACACAAACCACCCACUUACUUAGGAUGAGUUUGCUUCUAUCACUAUGCAUCCACCAUAUUUAGUAAAUGUGAGGACGGGCUUCAGGCUCAGCUUCUUCCUCUUGAUAUUGAAUAUCUGCGCGAAAUUUAUGAGAUUCUUCUCGUCUCUUCACGUUCACCAUGUUCAUGUCGUCCAAACUCCUGUCACGUCAAGUCCUCCUCUACUCCUACAAAAGCAAAUCCGCACCAUCUACAGGCUCGAUCCGCAGUAUAAUAGUCAAGCAGCGCUACAGCGAAGGCGGUUCCACAACCAAGCCGAUGCUUUACAGACGAAUGCAUCAGCAUCAAGUGGUGACAGUGGUUCGGGAGCAACGUCCCUACAAGAACGCAGGGCACAGCACCAAAGCACCAGCCAGCAAUCUAACAACUCGUUUGCGAUGUUCGAAGGUGUUGGCCGAGGGGCUGAAAGCGUGCUGAAAGGUAAAACUAGAAAACUAGGACAUCCACAACAAACUUACAUACAGUAUGGUGGCAACAUAUAUUCUGAAAGAUAUUGAUGCUCCUACUUGCAAAAAGUCUUCAUAUUGAUACUUCUACCGGCAACCAAGUACAGGGUCAGCAGUGUGCUGCUGUCCUUUAUUUCAUCCCUCCUUGCAAAUCUAGAUCUACUUACAGUCUUCUUGAGAGCUGGGUCAUGUUCUGAAGACCCACGCAGAUGAUAAACAUACAGGUGUCGCGGAAGGUUUGGUUGGUGUUUUUUCUCAGCCCUAUGAGGCCGUGGCUAGUGAGGAUCGUUCGGUUGAGCGUUUCCUCGAAGGCACGGGUCGCGGCGUAGCAGGCUUGUUUGCGAAGCCCCUUGUCGGUGUCACUGAGGGCUUCAAGAACUUCCUUGAGGGUAUCCGAGAUCAAGCCAUCGGAAACGAUGACACUAUCCUGAGGCAUCGCGCCUACAGUAUUCCUAGGAUUCGACUACCGCGAAUGCUCUACAUGGAGGACCGCGUAUUGCGACCAUACAGUACAACGGACGCCAGAAUCCGACAGUUCCUAGACGAGCACGGAAGCUCUCUCAUUAAGGCUAAUUCUGUACAUCCACAUGGUGCAUUCGUCUCAGCGUUUAUGGUAGUGCUACCCUUGGCGCCUUUACUAGUUAUCUUUCAACUUUACUUGAGGGUUAUGUUCUUGAAAAAGGCGCCAAGGAAGGACGCCUCCCGCACGAACAAGGAUGCCCACAGACACGCUAGCUCCUCUAAUCUCGGUAGCGAUUCCCUUCCGUCAGCCACAACCCAGCAGCGCUUUCGCGGAAAAGCUGACCAUGUAUCUGACCGAGAGGCAUAUCUUCUUUCGCUGGCACCACAGCGCUCGCCGUGGCGCAAGUCCGAGAGACACAGUAAUCCAGUUUGCACCCCAUGCAGCAUUUAUGAUGGCUAUUCAUGACAAGACUGCGGGAGAAGUGUUGCUGUCUUUCGAGUCUCCAGACGACCCCCAAAGUCGCAAGGAACUCACGAUUACAGCCUCCGAAGCCGAAACCCAAGCUGCUAGGCGAUAUUUGUUCGCGAUUUGUGCGAGGUAAGUACUAGCGUGGAGCUUAAUCACUUUUGUUCCAGAAGUUGGAGUAGGACUCUGUUGGCGUUUAUGACUCUCUCAGCUUUAUACUUAUUACUUUUAUUUCCGAACAAGCAGCAUAAGGCCGUCCUCUGUCGUUGAUUGUUUUUUCCAUUUUUUUUGUUUUUUCACAACUUACUAAUUGGAACUAGGUUUAGUAAUCAUUCACUGACGUCUUUCCAUCGAUAGAAUCCCAAAAGAGUAGCUCUAUUCGUAUUCUCAGGCAUUUCAAUUUUCUAAAAGCUGUCGCAGAAGAAACACGAAAUAUAAGCCAAAAACUUUUUUCCAGUGAUGAUCUUCAUCGUCGUCGUUUGUUAUCAUUAGAAUCGGCCAUCUCCAUUAGAAUCAGUGUCAUCUUUGUGAUUGCAGGCACGUAGAGCGUUCUGCGCAUCCAUAUGUCCGGAAGUCGUUAUGUGUGUCCAGAUUGCUUAGAACUAACAAAGUAUCUGUGCAGUAUGGUCGUGCUGCUGUAGUUUGUUGAAGUUGAUUUAUACUAGUAGCACAGUGAGGACGGUUGUGUGCCUGUCCUAGCUGUUGAGUUGUAAACAAACAUAUGAUACCUCACAAAGCCAAGCUGCUGACGGAACCCUCCGAAAUUCGAAUAAGAGUCGCCCUCUGCUGUCCCCAAGCCCACAGCCCAUGGACACCCAAAAAAGAACGACCCAUGCCCAAACACGCCAUCUUUCGACCAUAAUUGUCCUACUUGUUGCUGGCUGUGUAGUAGUUGGAAG